AUGGGAGGCAGUGAUGUGUGCUGGAUUCCGGUGAUGGGCAGCGCCGGGGACAGUUUCAGUCCCACUAGGAAGAGUUUCACUCUCACCAUCACCGUGUUCACCAACCCUACCCAAGUGGCCACCUACCACCGAGCCAUCAAGGUCACCGUGGAUGGACCCCGAGAACCCCGACGGCACCGGCAGAAGAUAGAAGACCAGACCAAGGCCUUCCCCGACCGCUUCGGAGACCUGCGCAUGCGCGUAACACCCAGCACACCCAGCCCCCGGGUCUCUCUCAGCACCACAAGCCACUUCAGCAGCCAGGCCCAGACCCCAAUCCAAGGCUCCUCAGACCUGAACCCCUUCUCGGACCCGCGCCAGUUCGACCGCUCCUUCCCCACGCUGCAGAGUCUCACAGAGAGCCGCUUUCCGGACCCCAGGAUGCACUACCCGGGCGCCAUGUCCGCCGCCUUCCCCUACAGCGCCACGCCGUCGGGCACCAGCCUGGGGAGCCUGAGCGUCGCGGGCAUGCCGGCCAGCAGCCGCUUCCACCACACCUACCUCCCGCCGCCCUACCCCGGGGCCCCGCAGAGCCAGAGCGGGCCCUUCCAGGCCAACCCCGCGCCCUACCACCUCUUCUACGGCGCCUCCUCCGGCUCCUACCAGUUCUCCAUGGCAGCCGCGGGCGGCGGCGAGCGCUCGCCCACCCGCAUGCUCACCUCCUGCCCCAGCGGCGCCUCGGUGUCCGCGGGCAACCUCAUGAACCCCAGCCUGGGCCAGGCCGACGGCGUGGAGGCCGACGGCAGCCACAGCAACUCACCCACGGCCCUGAGCACCCCGGGCCGCAUGGACGAGGCCGUGUGGCGGCCCUACUGAGCACCCUGGAGACUUGCGGGCCGCCCGGACCGUCCAGCCCCUACAGGAAAAAAACAGACUUUGGCCUGGUCCCAGGGACCAGAGCUGGUGAUGGCUCCCAGAGCUCUGUCCAGCCUCGAGUUUGAACAGAGGGAGGAUGUGGGGACCUCCCACAGGACACUGCCCCAGCCCAGACCCUGUCCCUCUCCCUGCCCCACCCAGGGUCAUCCCCUGAGUCAAAGGCUACCCCUGCCCACCCCAGGGACCAGCCCUCUCUCUCUCUCUCUGCAGCCAUACACGUCCAAUCAACUGGAAACCCCAAUCCCUGAGAUGGCGUCACUCCCCUGUAGAGGAGGAGGGCCCAGGGCACACCCACAUCAGCCCCAACUUGACUUCCCCACGAUGCCAGGCAAGCAGCCCCUGACCAGCUCUAGCUUAGCUGAGGACGAUAGGCUGCCGAGCAGGCUCCUCCCUGAUGGCAGGUCCCUAAAGCGAGGAAGGCCUCAGCGCCUACAAGUGCAUUCCAGCCCGAAGAGCCCCGGGGACAGAGAGGUCCUGGCAGAAAGUCUUAACUGUGAGGAUGGAUGGGGUCUUGCCUCACGACCCACAGCCCCGUUCCCAACUUGUUAGCACCGAGAAGCAAACAACCCUGACAGUGCCCAUCCUCCACUAAGUGUCUCCGUCAAGCAUUUUAAAUCAAGGUCUCUGACAGGCGAAGUUCUGUGUCUAUGAAAGCCUCCCGCCAUUCACACCUCAUAUUCCUCACAGAAGGGACCAAAAGCUGGAGGAGUUGUGUGGGGGCUCUGGGGAGUGGUGUCCAAGCAGAGGUCAGAGGGCAUCGUGAGAUCUGGCAGAUGGGAAGGGAGGCCGUGGCCUCGAGCUUGGAUUAUGGGAAUUGUGGGAGGUUGGUGGGAUGGGUUAAAAAGUUCUUAACCAGAGCUGGCCCACAGGUGUUUUUUUAAACUGCGUGAGCCACAUCCUCUGUGGCCACUGAACCCUCCUCUUCAAGGUUCCUUAGGGACGAUCUCUGUCACAGUGCUUGGCCUUCUCCCGUUGCCCGUCCCUGUAUCAGCUACAUACACACUCUGGCAGGUCAGGGAGUCCUGACAGUCCUGGGCGGAUACCUCCCGUUACAGUUUCCUUUGUCCCACCCUCACUGGGGAGGAAAUUCUAUCUCUUGGAAGUAGCUGAGGUAACUUUCCAGCUCUCCUCACCCAGAGGGGCCUCCUUGCCUCUUCUCAGGAAGCAGCUCUAACCCAUUACUCUCCUACCUGCUUUGCUACCGGUCCAUGGUGUGGACUGUGUCAGCUCACCAAGGAAGGUACUUUCAGGAUCCCAGCGCCUACCACCGUGUAAACCACCCCAGACAGCUACCCUUCCUGAUACCCAAACGCAGACGGAGAUUUAAAAAAAUCACCACCACCAGCCCCCACCCCCUUCCUGGUCAUCGCUAUUCUUUCCCACCCCUGACUAACAGUGACAGCUGAAUCUGUUGUUGGUCCCACGGUGAAUAUAAGCUGUUUAAAAACAAACAAAAAAACAAAUGGGUCCUCAUUUGUAAGGCUACUUUAAAGUGCUACUUGAAAGCACUGGCUAGAAAGAAAAGCACAAGGAGGCCGAGGGGUUGAUACAAUGUUACCGAGCGAGCGUGGGUUGGGCACCGGUCUUUUGUAACAUUGCUGCCCUGAGGCACCCUACCUGCUGUGAGCGGGUCUUCCUGAGGCAGGCUGAGAGCUGAGGGGCACCGGAGGGCCUGCUUUGCACUAUCGGCUGCUUGGUGUGUUUGUUGUUGGUUUUUUUUUUUAAUGCACA